AUGGCCUGGCCCACGUCUCAACAUGGUCGUCAGCAAAUGGCCUUCUACUUAACGAGCGGAAGUCAGUCCAGUGUAUUUUGUCGACUGCGACCGUCUCUCGCUCUUGAAACUAUUGACAUUAUGCCCAAAGAGAUCGACUACAGGUACGCCUUGAUGGUUUGGCCGAGGGAAUCGCACUUGCUGGUAUGCAAUUAUAACCCGUCAGGAUUCACCUUCCUUUUCAUACAAGCCUUCGAAAAGCAGAAGAGCUCCUGUCGCCGACCCUGCAACGUUCUUGUAGUUGGAACGGCUCUGCCUUCGCUUGGGCCCCGGGAUACCUUCUAA